AUGCAAGGAGGUGGUAGAGAUCCUUUCAAUUUUGGUGGUCCUUUUGGAGGCUCUUUUGGUGGUGGUUUUGGUGGCUCAUUUGGUGGCACUAAUGGUCGUCCAAAUCUGAUGUCUAAUUUUUUCGGAGGAAGAAAUCCGUUUGAUGACCCUUUUUUCACACAGCCUUUUGGUGGAAUGUUACAGCCGAACAACUUCUUUGAUUCUAGUAUGGAUCCUUUUGCAGGAAUGCGUCGUCCUCCAUCGGGUUUUAUUGAGAAUCAUCAUCAACCACCAGAACCGAGGAGAUCACGUGGACCGGUUAUUGAAGAGAUUGAUACAGAUGAUGAGGAAGAAGGAGAAGGAGAUAAAGAGAAGAAAGGUAGUCUAGGGAAACAUGGUAGGUCAAGCAGUGAGGCGGAAACUGAAGAUGCUAGAGCGGAAGAGAGAAGGAACCGACAAGUACAAAACAUGAAUGUAAAUGCUAUGGUGAACAAUGGACAAUGGCAACCACAAACUCGUAGUUAUAGUUUCCAGAGCUCGACUGUUACAUACGGUGGUCAGAACGGAAGCUACUACACUUCAUCGAAGACAAGAAGAACAGGAAGUGAUGGGUUAACUCUUGAAGAAAGCAAAGAAGCCAAUACUGCGACACGGGAAGCAGCACACAGGAUUUCAAGAGGCCUUCAUAACAAGGGCCACACAGUUGCACGUAAGCUUAACUCAGAUGGUCGUGUUAAUACAACGCAGACCUUGCACAAUUUAAACGAAGAUGAGUUGGCUGAUUUUGAGCAGUCUUGGAGUGGAAAUGCUAGAAGGCUACCCAGUCGGUCUGGUUCCUUUGGCAGUGGUCUUGUAAACAGAGAGCAACCAAUGUUUCUUCCCGCGAGUGAUCCGAGCCCUUCUCAUUCACGAGCAGAGCCAUCCAGAAGAACAAAGGCUGCGAUGAAUGUAAGAGGACAUGGCAGAAACUAA